GGCUGGCCCGGGACGUGCCCGGAGCCCUGGGAAAGAGGGAGGAGGGAGGAGGGAGGGUCGUGGCCGGCCGCCAUGGGGCUGGGGGCCCGGGGCCGCCGCCGCCGUCGUCGUCUGAUGGCCCUGCCACCGCCACCACCGCCCAUGCGGGCGCUGCCCCUGCUGCUGCUGCUAGCGGGGCUGGGGGCUGCAGCACCCCCUUGUCUGGAUGGAAACCCAUGUGCAAAUGGAGGUCGGUGCACCCACCAGCAGCCCUCCCGGGAGGCUGCCUGCCUGUGCCUGCCAGGCUGGGUGGGUGAGCGGUGCCAGCUGGAAGACCCUUGCCACUCAGGCCCCUGUGCUGGUCGAGGCGUUUGCCAGAGUUCAGUGGUGGCGGGCACCGCCCGGUUCUCCUGUCGUUGUCUCCGUGGCUUCCGAGGCCCAGACUGCUCCCAGCUAGACCCCUGCCUCAGCAGCCCCUGUGCUCACGGUGCCCCCUGCUCAGUGGGGUCGGAUGGCCGAUUUGCCUGUGCUUGCCCACCUGGCUACCAGGGUCUCAGCUGCCAAAGUGACAUAGAUGAGUGCCGAUCUGGUGCGACCUGCCGCCAUGGUGGUACCUGCCUCAAUACACCUGGAUCCUUCCGCUGCCAGUGUCCGCUCGGUUAUACGGGGCUGUUGUGUGAGAACCCCGUAGCACCCUGUGCCCCUUCCCCAUGUCGUAACGGUGGCACCUGUAGGCAGAGCAGUGAUGUCACAUAUGACUGUGCCUGCCUUCCUGGCUUUGAGGGUCAGAACUGUGAAGUCAAUGUGGAUGACUGUCCUGGACACCGGUGUCUCAACGGGGGAACAUGUGUGGAUGGUGUCAAUACUUACAACUGCCAGUGCCCUCCGGAGUGGACAGGCCAGUUCUGUACAGAAGAUGUGGAUGAGUGUCAGCUGCAGCCCAAUGCCUGCCACAAUGGGGGUACUUGCUUCAACCUAUUGGGUGGCCACAGCUGUGUAUGUGUCAACGGCUGGACGGGGGAGAGCUGCAGUCAGAAUAUCGAUGACUGUGCCACAGCUGUGUGUUUCCAUGGGGCCACCUGCCAUGACCGUGUGGCCUCUUUCUACUGUGCCUGCCCUAUGGGGAAGACAGGCCUCUUGUGUCAUCUGGAUGAUGCAUGUGUCAGCAACCCCUGCCAUGAGGAUGCUAUCUGUGACACAAACCCUGUGAGCGGUCGGGCCAUCUGCACCUGUCCACCUGGCUUCACUGGAGGGGCAUGUGACCAGGAUGUGGAUGAGUGCUCUAUUGGUGCCAACCCCUGUGAACAUUUGGGUCGGUGUGUGAAUACACAGGGCUCAUUCUUGUGCCAAUGUGGCCGUGGCUAUACUGGGCCUCGCUGUGAGACUGAUGUCAAUGAGUGUCUGUCCGGGCCCUGCCGCAACCAGGCCACAUGUCUUGACCGAAUUGGCCAGUUUACUUGCAUCUGCAUGGCAGGCUUCACAGGGACCUACUGCGAGGUGGACAUUGACGAAUGUCAGAGCAGCCCAUGUGUCAAUGGUGGUGUCUGCAAGGAUAGAGUCAAUGGCUUCAGCUGCACCUGCCCAUCAGGAUUCAGUGGGUCCACGUGUCAGCUGGAUGUGGAUGAGUGUGCAAGCACUCCCUGCCGGAAUGGUGCCAAGUGUGUGGACCAGCCUGACGGCUAUGAGUGUCGCUGUGCAGAGGGCUUUGAGGGCACUUUGUGUGAGCGAAACGUGGAUGACUGCUCUCCGGAUCCCUGCCACCAUGGGCGCUGUGUCGAUGGCAUUGCUAGCUUCUCAUGUGCGUGUGCCCCGGGCUAUACGGGCAUACGCUGUGAAAGCCAGGUGGAUGAGUGCCGCAGCCAGCCCUGCCGAUACGGGGGCAAAUGUCUAGACUUGGUGGACAAGUACCUCUGCCGCUGCCCUCCCGGAACCACAGGUGUGAACUGUGAAGUCAACAUUGAUGACUGCGCCAGCAACCCCUGCACCUUUGGAGUUUGCCGUGAUGGCAUCAACCGUUAUGACUGUGUCUGCCAGCCUGGAUUCACAGGGCCCCUCUGCAACGUGGAGAUCAAUGAGUGUGCAUCCAGCCCGUGUGGAGAGGGUGGCUCCUGUGUGGAUGGGGAAAAUGGCUUCCAGUGCCUCUGCCCACCUGGCUCCCUGCCUCCACUUUGCCUACCUGCGAACCAUCCCUGUGCCCACAAGCCCUGUAGUCAUGGAGUCUGCCAUGAUGCACCAGGCGGGUUCCACUGUGUUUGUGAGUCCGGGUGGAGUGGCCCUCACUGUAGCCAGAGCUUGACUCCAGAUGCCUGUGAAUCCCAGCCCUGCCAGGCUGGUGGCACCUGUAUCAGUGAUGGAGUAGGCUUCCGCUGCACCUGUGCCCCUGGAUCCCAGGGCCAUCAGUGUGAGGUGCUGUCCCCCUGCACUCCAAGCCUCUGUGAGCACGGAGGCCACUGUGAGUCUGACCCUGACCGGCUGACUGUCUGUUCCUGUCCCCCAGGCUGGCAAGGUCCACGAUGCCAGCAGGAUGUGGAUGAGUGUGCCGGUGCCACACCCUGUGGCCCCCAUGGUACCUGCACCAACCUGCCAGGGAGUUUCAGGUGCACCUGCCACAGGGGAUACACUGGCCCCUUCUGUGAUCAAGAUAUUGACGACUGUGACCCCAACCCGUGCCUCCAUGGUGGCUCCUGCCAGGAUGGUGUGGGCUCCUUUUCCUGUUCUUGCCUCGACGGCUUUGCUGGCCCGCGCUGUACUAGAGAUGUGGAUGAAUGUCUGAGCAGCCCCUGUGGCCCUGGUGGCACCUGUACUGCUCAUGUGGCCUCCUUAACCUGUGCCUGUCCACCUGGUUAUGGAGGCUUCCACUGUGAGAAUGACUUGCUGGACUGCAGCCCCAGUUCCUGCUUCAAUGGAGGGACCUGUGUGGAUGGCGUGAACUCCUUCAGCUGUCUGUGUCGCCCCGGCUACACAGGCACACACUGCCAAUACGAGCCUGACCCCUGCUUCUCCUGGCCCUGUCUGCGGGGCAUCUGCAACCCCACCCACCCAGGAUUUGAAUGCACCUGCCGGGAGGGCUUCACUGGGAGUCAGUGUCAGAACCCAGUGGACNGGUGCAGCCAGGCACCCUGUCAGAAUGGGGGUCACUGUGUCCAGACUGGGGCUUACUGCAUUUGCCCACCUGGAUGGAGUGGCCGCCUGUGCGACAUACAAAGCCUACCCUGCACAGAGGCUGCCGCCCAGAUGGGGGUGCUGCUGGAGCAGCUGUGUCAGGAAGGUGGACAGUGCAUAGACAAAGGCCGCUCCCAUUACUGUGUGUGUCCAGAGGGCCGUACGGGUAGUCACUGUGAACAGGAGGUGGAUCCCUGCACAGCCCAGCCUUGCCAGCACGGGGGCACCUGCCGUGGUUACAUGGGGGGCUACGUGUGUGAGUGUCCAGCUGGCUAUGCUGGUGACAGCUGUGAGGACAAUGUAGAUGAGUGUGCUUCCCAGCCCUGCCAGAACGGAGGCUCCUGUAUCGAUCUGGUGGCCCGCUAUCUCUGUUCCUGUCCCCCUGGCACUCUGGGAGUUCUCUGUGAGAUCAAUGAGGACGACUGUGACCCAGGCCCAUCCUUGGACUCGGGUGUCCGGUGCCUACACAAUGGCACCUGUGUGGACCUGGUGGGUGGCUUCCGCUGUAACUGUCCCCCAGGAUACACAGGUCUGCACUGUGAGGCAGACAUCAAUGAGUGUCGCCCGGGUGCCUGCCAUGCGCCGCAUACCCGGGACUGCCUACAAGAUCCGGGUGGGUAUUUCCGCUGCAUCUGCCAUCCUGGCUUCACAGGGCCUCGCUGUCAGAUUGCUCUGUCCCCCUGUGAGUCCCAGCCAUGUCAGCACGGAGGCCAGUGCCGUCACAGCCUAGGCCGCGGAGGUGGGCUGACCUUCACCUGUCACUGUGUCCAGCCAUUCUGGGGUCUGCGUUGUGAGCGGGUGGCACGAUCUUGCCGAGAGCUGCAGUGCCCAGUGGGUAUCCCAUGCCAGCAGACAGCCCGUGGACCACGCUGUGCUUGUCCUCCCGGGCUGUCCGGGCCCUCCUGCCGGGUUUCUAGGGCGUCACCCUCAGGAGCUACUAACGCCAGCUGCGCCUCUGCCCCUUGUCUGCAUGGGGGCUCGUGCCUACCGGUACAGAGUGUCCCUUUCUUCCGCUGUGUAUGCGCUCCGGGCUGGGGCGGCCCGCGUUGUGAGACCCCUUCCGCAGCCCCUGAGGUCCCCGAGGAGCCACGGUGCCCGCGAGCGUCCUGCCAGGCCAAGCGAGGGGACCAGAACUGCGAUCGGGAGUGCAACAGCCCAGGCUGUGGCUGGGACGGCGGUGACUGCUCGCUGAACGUGGACGACCCCUGGAGGCAGUGUGAGGCACUGCAGUGCUGGCGUCUCUUCAACAACAGCCGGUGCGACCCGGCCUGCAGCUCUCCAGCCUGCCUCUAUGACAACUUUGACUGCUACUCUGGUGGCCGCGACCGCACCUGCAACCCGGUUUAUGAGAAGUACUGCGCCGACCACUUUGCAGAUGGCCGUUGUGACCAGGGUUGCAACACUGAGGAGUGUGGCUGGGAUGGGCUGGACUGUGCCAGCGAGGUCCCGGCCCUUUUGGCCCGCGGGGUUCUGGUCCUCACAGUUCUUCUGCCUCCUGAGGAGCUGCUGCGCUCCGGUGCCGACUUUCUGCAGCGACUCAGCGCUAUUCUGCGCACCUCACUGCGCUUCCGCUUGGACGCACGUGGCCAGGCCAUGGUCUUCCCCUAUCACCGGCCAAGCCCUGGCUCUGAAUCCCGGGUCCGUCGCGAGCUGGGUCCGGAGGUGAUCGGCUCUGUAGUGAUGUUGGAGAUCGACAACCGGCUCUGUCUGCAGUCGACUGAGAAUGACCACUGCUUCCCUGAUGCUCAGAGUGCCGCUGACUACCUGGGAGCCUUGUCAGCAGUGGAGCGCCUUGAUUUCCCAUACCCGCUGCGGGAUGUGCGAGGAGAGCCGCUGGAGCCCCCAGAGCAGAGCGUGCCACUGCUGCCACUGCUGGUGGCAGGGGCUGUCUUUCUACUCAUCAUCUUCAUCCUGGGUGUCAUGGUUGCCAGGCGCAAGCGAGAACACAGCACCCUCUGGUUCCCUGAGGGUUUUGCAUUACACAAGGACAUAGCUGCUGGCCACAAGGGCCGGAGGGAGCCUGUAGGACAAGACGCACUGGGCAUGAAGAACAUGGCCAAGGGUGAGAGUCUGAUGGGGGAGGUGGCCACAGACUUGAAUGACUCAGAAUGCCCAGAGGCCAAGAGACUGAAGGUAGAGGAGCCGGGCCUGUGUGCUGAGGAGCCAGAGGACUGUCGCCAGUGGACCCAACACCACCUGGUUGCUGCUGAUAUCCGAGUGGCACCAGCCACAGCGCUGACUCCACCUCAGGGAGAUGCAGAUGCAGACGGAGUGGAUGUCAACGUCCGAGGGCCUGAUGGCUUCACCCCGCUUAUGCUGGCCUCCUUCUGUGGGGGAGCCCUGGAGCCGAUGCCAGCUGAGGAGGAUGAGGCAGAUGACACGUCAGCCAGCAUCAUCUCAGAUCUGAUCUGUCAAGGGGCCCAGCUUGGGGCACGCACUGACCGCACUGGCGAGACCGCCCUGCAUUUGGCCGCCCGCUAUGCUCGAGCGGAUGCAGCCAAGCGGCUCCUGGAUGCUGGGGCAGACACCAAUGCCCAGGAUCAUUCGGGCCGCACCCCUCUGCACACUGCAGUGACAGCUGAUGCCCAGGGUGUCUUCCAGAUUCUCAUCAGGAACCGCUCCACUGACCUGGAUGCCCGAAUGGCAGAUGGCUCUACUGCACUGAUUCUGGCAGCCCGCUUGGCAGUGGAGGGCAUGGUGGAAGAGCUCAUCGCCAGCCAUGCCGAUGUCAAUGCAGUGGAUGAGCUUGGUAAGUGCUGCGGAGGGGAUGGUGUGGGUUCUGCCCCUCCCUCACCUCAGGAGGAGACUCCGCUGUUCUUGGCCGCUCGGGAGGGCAGCUAUGAGGCUGCCAAGCUGCUGCUGGAUCAUUUUGCCAACCGGGAGAUCACAGAUCACUUGGACAGGCUGCCCCGGGAUGUGGCCCAGGAGCGGCUGCACCAGGACAUUGUGCGAUUGUUGGACCAGCCCAGUGGCCCUCGCAGUCCCUCUGGUCCCCAUGGCUUGGGGCCAUUGCUCUGCCCACCAGGGGCCUUCCUUCCUGGCCUCAAAGCGGUGCAGUCUGGGACCAAGAAGAGCAGGAGGCCACCUGGCAAGACCGGGCUGGGGCCACAGGGAACUCGUGGUCGGGGCAAGAAGCUGACACUAGCCUGUCCAGGACCCCUGGCAGACAGCUCUGUCACACUGUCACCAGUGGACUCGCUGGACUCACCACGGCCUUUCAAUGGGCCCCCUGCUUCCCCUGGAGGCUUCCCCUUGGAGGGCCCCUACGCCACCACGGCCACCGCGGUGUCCUUGGCACAGCUAGGCGCAAGUCGCGCGGGUCCUCUGGGGCGCCAGCCUCCUGGGGGCUGUGUUCUCAGUUUUGGUCUGCUCAAUCCUGUAGCUGUUCCCCUCGACUGGGCCAGGCUGCCUCCACCUGCCCCUCCAGGGCCCUCAUUCCUGCUGCCCCUGGCUCCGGGACCCCAGUUGCUCAACCCAGGAGCCCCAGUUUCUCCCCAAGAGCGGCCCCCACCCUACCUGGCUGCUCCGGGACAUGGAGAGGAAUAUCCUGCAGCAGGAACCCACAGUAGCCCCACCAAGGCCCGCUUCCUGCGGGUUCCUAGCGAGCAUCCUUAUUUGACCCCAUCUCCUGAGUCCCCAGACCACUGGGCCAGCCCGUCCCCUCCCUCCCUCUCCGACUGGUCUGACUCAACACCUAGUCCAGCAACUGCUACCAGUGCCACAGCCUCUGGAGCCCUGCCUGCUCAGCCACACCCCAUAUCUGUUCCUUCCCUCCCUCAGUCCCAGACUCAGCUGGGGCCCCAGCCAGAAGUUACCCCCAAGAGGCAGGUGAUGGCCUAAGUUGUUGGAUUUUGGAGGGGUGCUGAAGACACUCCUCUCUGACUUCUUCCUUCCUCCUUUUUAACCUUUCUCUCAUCCCUUUAUCUCUGCUCCAGCCUUCCUGCUCCUCUCUGUCUUGUAGUGUGACCAAGUUGGUCACCAGCCCAGACCCCAGUCUUCCUUUAUUUAUAAUGGGUAGGGGCUGACCUCCCACCACCUUGGCCCCCUAAAGGGUCUGGGACCUCCUCUUGAUCUCUCUCCCUGCCUCAACUUCCUCCCUCCCCCCUUUUUGCUUCUCAUUUUCUCACACUCUGACAUGAGUUAUUAUUUUUUUCUUUUUUACAUUUUGUAUAGAGACAAAUUCAUUUAAACAAACUUAUUAUUAUUAUUUUUUACAAAAUAUAUAUAUGGAGUUGCUCCCUUUCCCCCCCCUCCCCGCUGCAAAUUCCUCCAGCGCCCCCAUGGGGCUGAGUCUGUGGGCCCGUUUGGCCAAUCCGGACUCUGUGUACCGAGUACACAGAUAUGACUAGGGCUCCACGUACUGAGUAUGUGGCCCUGGUAUGUACCAAGUAGCCAGCCUUGGGCACACCCUCCCCUGGGGUCAGGGGAACAUCUGGGAGCCUCCUUCCCCUCCCCCUCCCCCUCCCCCUUCCUUACUUCACUGCAUUCCAGAUAGGACUUGUAGACUCACUGGGAAAGGAGUCUUGUCUGCUCAAAGCCUCCACUCCAGGCCCACCUCCCAGAGCCUGGCUCAGCUUUUAGGGCCUGAGGUGGGGGGCAUGUCAAGGGAGAUGUAUUUUGUAUGCAUUCCACUUCUAAUUGUAAAUACAGGGCUGGAGGUGGGAGUGGCUCUCCCUCUUCCUGUUGUUCCCUUGGCUCAACCUGCCUAAUAGAAAUGUUUUCAGGCUGUUUUUGUAAUGUGGCACCUGGUCACAGUCUGCUGUAGCUGACCUCCCAGGUCCUGCACUGUACGACCCUCACCUUCCCAGUUCCCUUGUCACCUAAUAAAGGAAUAGUU